GAGUUGGUUUGGGGAGUCACUUGGCUUUCCUCUUAAAAGCUCUGAAUCUGACCCAGAGGGAUGGCCCCUUUCCCGCCCCCCCCCCCCCGGAAGAAAAACAACCUCCCCCUGGGAACUAGAGCUGAGACGCUGAGACCGGUAGUCUUUUGGAAGCAGGGAGGGGCAAAGCAGAGAGCCGGACUUGAGAGGUGGAGGGACAUCCGAGAGGGUGCUGGAGGACCUGGGGCCUUUCUCCCUCUCACUUUGUCUCUGUCCCUCCUCCAGUGGCUCACCCGGGUGCAGGGCGGGGCUCCGGGACAGCCCAACGGGAAGCUAGGAGGGGGGAAAGAGGCCGCCGCCCGCCCGGGACCAAGCUGGGUGGAAAGAGAAAGGGGAAGGAAAAGGGAAGGCUGGGGCCGCAACUCGGAGAUCCGCAGCGGGAGCGGGAGCAGCGGCGGCAGCAGGGGCCGCAGCGCCCGGGGGCCACGGCAAACCCUUCUGGGAGAGCAGCAAUGGGGCUGGAAACUGAAAAGGCGGACGCCCAGAUUUACAUGGACGAGGAUUCCUACAGCCGCAACAGUGGUCCGGACUACCCGGAGCCCGAGAAAUGCAUGAAGUCCAUCCAGGAUCGUGAUCCACGGGGCCUCAACACUCAUCUGAAGAUGGGUUUUGAGGAUGUGAUUGGAGAGCCCGAGUCCACCCACAGUUUUGAUAAAGUUUGGAUCUGCAGCCAUGCCCUCUUUGAGGUCAGCAAGUACCUGAUCUACAAGGUCCUAACUGUGCUCCUGGCUAUCCCAUUGGCCUUUGUGGCAGGAAUUCUCUUUGCAACUCUCAGCUGCCUGCACAUCUGGAUUGUGGUGCCUUUCGUAAAGACCUGUUUAAUGGUCUUGCCAUCAGUACAGACGGUAUGGCACAGCAUUACAGAUGGCUUCAUUGCUCCAUUGUAUAAAAGCAUGGGACUCAUUUUCUCUUCAAUAAGCCUGAGACUAGGUCCUGAGUGAACAAUAUGGACCAUGUUGCUGGAAACCUAAUAUACUACAAUACUUUUGGUUGCUGUAAUGUAGAAGCACUACUGUUCAUUUCCAAACUGUUCUAUUUAAGAUGAUUUUUUAAAAGGGGAACAAAUAUAUUUGAGACUUUAAAAAUUGAAAUGGAUUUCUUCCUGGGCAAUAGUUUCAUGAUUUAUUAGCCAUGUAGACCAGCAUACCAGAGUUAUAGAAAUCAUUGGAAACAACUAAUUUUAAUGGAAUACAAUAUUUACCUACGGUCAGAAGUUUUAUGGCAGUCAUUAUUUUGAACUAUGAGUGGGAUAGUUCAAAUAUCUAAGUAUGUUUUUUGAAAAGUCAUGGUAAUUAGAGGCACAUUAAACAUUAUAACAGAAACUGUAGAAGUACAAGUAGGCAGUGUUUUUUGGACUUCAAUAGCACAAAAACGUGUAAAUGUGAAAAGUAGAUCCAUGGAAAAGAUGAGAAGCAAUAUGGUGGAUUCAUAUGGAACCAAGCACCCAAGUUCAAAGUUUGGUUCUAUUUGUGACUUUAGUAACUUUGGGCAAGACACUGAUGCUCUGAGUAUCAGUUUCCUCAUCUAAAAAUGAGAGUUGGACUAGAUGGCCUCUAAUUCCCCUUUAAGCUCUGUCAUACAAUCCCAUAAUUAUCUCCCUUAAAAUAAGGUGUUGCCUAAUUUGGAAGACUAUUCUUUCACCUGCUGCCCUAUUUAAGAAGAGGUUCUAUUUUAUUGUAUAUUUUGUACUUAAUGUAAAUGUUGCUUUAUCAGUUUUCCAAAAAGCACCUUGACUUAUUUUUAAUCUUGUAGAGCUCUUAUGUUGUAUGGAGUUAUCCAUAUGUGAAUCAAAGAAGAAGAAGAAAUUUAGAUAAGGGAGAUUGCACUGAAAUUAUUAUAUAAAGCAUAUAUUUUUCUUUAAGAAUUUAAUGUAAAAGGUUGGCAUGAAAUGCUUUCUUAUUAGACACUGUAGAAAAAAGUACCUGAAAUAUGUCUUAUAAGUAAUGCUUAGAGUAAAUAUGGAUUGCAAUAAAUCCUACCCAAUAAUUAUCAUGUCAUGACUUAACUUUCAAAAUAAUCUGUAUCUAAAUGACACUUUAGGUUAGGGAAGAGCUUUCUUUCUUGUAUUCAGCCACUAAACUUAUAUUUGACAUUCCUAUUCUCUCUUCAUUUAAGUGAUUUUGGUGCUGUUUGACGUACUUUUUGUUUUCCUGAAAAUUUACCAUAAAAAAGCAAUUUCUACUGCACGUAACUAUUGCUGACUUCUUUUUUGAUCAGGGUGAUAUAUAUAUACAGUGGUACAUGGACUUGCCUGCAGAGUUAAGAGCUGCUGAUCUCAUAUGCAGAUGAGCCAGUUACUAUAGCAAGUUGUUUGCCAUACUAAUACAAAACAGAACAAGGACCUGUUGGGUGGAAGAGUGAAAAGAAGCCUAGAUACAGAGUCAGAAAGACCUGAGUUCAAUGGUAGCCACAUUAGCUGUGUGAUUUGGGGCAAGUCACUCUGCCUCACUUUUCCUCUACUAUAAAAUGAGGAUAAUAAUAGCACCUACCUUGUAAGGUUGUUGUGAGGAUCAAAUGAGCAAAUAUUUUUAAAGUGCUUAGCACAGUGCCUGGCACAUAGUAGGUGCUACCUUAAUGUUUUUUCCCUUCCCUUUUCUCACUUUGGAGCUAGAUUGUUCAACUUUAAUGCUAAAGUUUGAAGGGAAAAUACUUUCAUUCCAAAAAUGACAGGCAUAUUGGGUGCAAAUGUAACUGUGGUAAUGUGACCAAUUUUCUCAUCAAAUAUAAAAGAUAGUCUACAUAAAGAGGUCAGUACAGUAUACAGUCUCUUCUUUAGGGAAGUGGCCUCUACUCAUUUUAAAGUUCUACAGGAUGUCCCAAAAUUUUAGUGCAAUUUUAAGACUUAAAAUUGCAAUAAUAUUCUGGAACAUCCUGUAUUUUUAUUUUUAAGGCAAUGUUUUAUGAUAGCGAGCUGACCUCAAAGUUAGGAAGACCUAAGUUCAAGUUUGGUGUGUUAGAAAUAUUUGGAUGUCUGAUCUUAGGCAAGUCAUUUAACCUCUAUUUCUGGAGAAAUUUCUAAUUUCUAUUUCUAAGACUUUGGAAUUGCAGAACAGUGAACAGUUGAUGAUGUGUAUUAGUUGUGAAGGUGUUUCCACAUGAGAAAACUACUUAUACUAAUGGAAUCACAGAUUCACACAAUUUUAAAAAUAUAUAUCUGAUAGUGACAAAAAUAUUCAGUCUUUGGGGGUCAUUUUGGCUUUUGCAGGCAAUCAAAAUAGUUUGGAGCCACAUUUACUAAAUAAGACUGAUAAAGAUGGCUAAAAAAUGGUAAUUAUAAGAACAUGCAACUGUGUCUAUUGUAUGGUUCUUACACUGACUUUUAAGGUAAUUCUAGAUAGUUUUGUAGUGGAUAGAGCCUUGGUCUUGGAGUGAGGAAGAACUGAAUUCAAAUCAUGGAAAUGAAUUCAAAUUAAAAUCUGAAAUAUGGUCUGGUUGACCCUGAGGAAGUCACUUAACCUAUUUUAGACUCCAUUUCUACAUCUGUAAAAUGCAGGGACUGGACUCAGUGAUCCCUUCCAAUUUUAUAUUUUGAAUCUCUGAUUCAGAAGAGAUCUAAAAAUAUGUUGGGUAAAUGGGUACAUUACUGGUAGAUGUGAUUAAUUCAAAGUCAAUUCACACAUAUAUUAACAUCAUAUAUAUUUUAAAAUUUUUCACUCAAAAUUGUUUGGAAAUACUGAAUAAUCUAUUUGGAAAAAAUAAAAUAUUUUAUUCAUCUUAUUGAGAUAUUUAACUUAUUGCUAUAAACCAUUAUGCUUUUUCUAUUCUUUCAAAUACUUAUCUGGUGAAUUUCUUAAUUUUUUUACUAAUCACCACAGUAGGGAUUUAUAAUAAAAGUACAUUAGGGUACACUAACAGAACCUAAUUAUCAAAUGAAAUAGCACAAUUCCUGUUUCUAACAGUGUUAAUUACUUCCAAAGUAUAGUUUUUAUUGGAGUUUUUGUUAACUACUGUAUUUUAUGGAAAUGGGGUGGAUUUUUCUUUAAUGUGAGUCAAGGCAACUAUGCUGUCCAUAAUAAAGUUUAAAAAAAUAUAAA